GUCAGAGGCGUCACCUGCCCCGCCCACGCUCAGGUGAUGGUGGUGAGAUUCCAGCUCAGCUCCCUGACGCAGAGCCUGGGACAAAGUGUCAGCUGUGUGGCCGGCCUCUUCAUAGCCUCUGAGUGACUGUGCUGUCAGGCUCACCUGUCCUGUACUCCAAGGGGUCCCCUCCGGGAGCCUCCUGCUGCCGGCCACCAUGACCGUGAAGGGGGCCGCGCUGGCCCCAGAUCCAGCGUCACCCACCACUGCAGCAGCUUCACCCAGCGUCUCCGUGACCCCCGAGGGCAGCCCCAUGGCCAUGGAGCAGCCUGUGUUCCUGAUGACCACCGCGGCUCAGGCCAUCUCUGGCUUCUUUGUGUGGACAGCCCUGCUCAUCACCUGCCACCAGAUCUACAUGCACCUGCGCUGCUACAGCUGCCCCAACGAGCAGCGCUACAUCGUGCGCAUCCUCUUCAUCGUGCCCAUCUAUGCCUUCGACUCCUGGCUCAGCCUCCUCUUCUUUACCAACGACCAGUACUAUGUGUACUUCGGCACUGUCCGUGACUGCUACGAGGACACGCUCUGCCGUGGGGCCCCCAGAACAUUUUUGAAGAUUCCUAGAGAUGGGGACCCCUCCUGGAGCUCAGUGCUGAGUCUUGGCAUACAAGCAACCCAUCUGUGGAUAGAAACCCCAGCCUUGGUCAUCUACAAUUUCCUGAGCCUGUGUUAUGAGUACCUUGGGGGGGAGAGCGCCAUCAUGUCGGAGAUCAGAGGGAAGCCCAUCGAGUCCAGCUGCAUGUACGGGACAUGCUGUCUUUGGGGAAAGACCUACUCCAUUGGAUUUCUGCGGUUCUGCAAGCAGGCCACCUUGCAGUUCUGUGUGGUGAAGCCACUCAUGGCCGUCAGCACCGUGGUCCUCCAGGCCUUCGGCAAGUACCGGGAUGGAGACUUUGAUGUCACCAGCGGCUACCUCUACGUGACCAUCAUCUACAACAUCUCUGUCAGCCUGGCCCUCUAUGCCCUCUUCCUCUUCUACUUCGCUACCCGGGAGCUGCUCAGCCCCUAUAGCCCCGUCCUCAAGUUCUUCAUGGUCAAGUCCGUCAUCUUUCUCUCCUUCUGGCAAGGCAUGCUGCUGGCCAUCCUGGAGAAGUGCGGGGCCAUCCCCAAGAUCCACUCGGCCCGCGUCUCGGUGGGCGAGGGCACCGUGGCUGCUGGCUACCAGGACUUCAUCAUCUGUGUGGAGAUGUUCUUCGCGGCCCUGGCCCUGCGGCAUGCCUUCACCUACAAAGUCUAUGCAGACAAGAGGCUGGACGCACAAGUGCCGACGUAUGGCCCUUACGGCCGCUGCGCCCCCAUGAAGAGCAUUUCCAGCAGCCUCAAGGAGACCAUGAACCCGCACGACAUCGUGCAGGACGCCAUCCACAACUUCUCGCCCGCCUACCAGCAGUACACGCAGCAGUCCACCCUGGAGCCCGGGCCCACCUGGCGGGGUGGUGCCCACAGCCUGUCACGCUCCCACAGCCUCAGUGGCACCCGCGACACCGAGAAGACUCUCCUGCUCAGCUCUGACGACGAGUUCUAGGUGUGGGUGCCUUGGCCUGGGGCACUGUGCCCUCCUCCAGUCUCCCAGCCAGGCCAGGAGGCAGCUGGCACAGUUUGCUAGUGCCCUUUAUUUAUUGGACCAGAAACACAUAUCGCUUCCAGAGGAACAACCCAACCCUAUGUGCCGGGGACAGCCCAGGCUCACUCACGAGCCUUCAGGAAUAUUUAUACACGGCCAGCCCUGCACUGCCCGGGCUAGGGCAGAGGACUCUGGGAGCAGCUCCCAUACCCCUGCUGCCCGGCCUGUGGUAGAGAUACGGCACCCGGGGACCAGCCCUACCAGGACCAGCCAUGUGCAGGCCCAGCGUGGGGACCAGCCUCGUCCGCAGCUUUCUAGGCCCUUCCCCACCAGGCCCUGCCCACCCCAUACUGUGCAAUACCCUGACCUGGGCUCUCCCUGCCCGCUCCCUCGCCCCACGCUAGAGCCUGGAGCCACUCACCCCAGGCCAGCAGGAGGAGGGAGUGUGGACGCCCAGCACACCCUCCCUCUCUGAUCCAGGCCCACCUGGCAUGCUGCAAGGAUCAGAGCCAGACAGCAGGAGGCACGGGCCCCCCUAGGAAGGGGCUGCUGUGCCCCUGGCCCCUCUCUGGUGAAGCAGGGCCCCUUGAUCCCUGGCUGUCUUUAUCCUCUGUGGUCGCCCUCUGCCCCCUUCCUCCUGGCCUGCUGAGGAUAGCUGCGCUGCCCUACUUGGGUCCCACUCCUGAUGCAGUUGUGGGCAGAGCCCUUGCUUCCUGGCUGGGGCUUCUCUGCCCCCUUCAGGGGUUAGGUCUGAGCCUCCACAUUUCAGACCAGUGUUUGGGAAGGACAGGAGGGAUGGCCAUGCAGCAGGGGCCCCGAGGUGGGAGGAGUGGCCCCAGACCCCCUCCCAGCCCCUGACCCACACAGGGCCUGCUGUUCUGCCUUGUCUGGCCCCCUGCCCAUCUCUUCUGUGCCUUAGUCACAUACGAAAGUCCCUCCCAGCCCCCAUCUGUCCAGACGCCCCCAGGGGGCUUCUUGGUAAGCUGCUGGCACUCAGGAUCCUGCAGCGUUGGGCCAGGUGCCCAUGGACAGACUGCAGCGGUGGCCAAGGCUGCCAGUUCCCUCUCCUCGCCCGCCUCAUGCCCAUGUUCCCAGGGCUGGAGGCCUAGGUGGGCCAGGCUUCUGCCAGCCACAUCUUAGGAAGAGUGUUGGGAGUGGGGCGCUCAUCAGGCGCCAUGUCCUGCAUUGGAAAGCCAGGGAGCGCUUGGGUUUGGGCUGCAGAGGUGGAGGGAGGAGGAAGGGUCCUCGCUUUGUGGCGUGUGCUGGAAGCUCACUCUUCUGGUCACUGCUGGAAUGAACAGUCUCCUCCUGCCUACCGGCAGCCUUCCUGGCCUCAUCCUCCCCUCGGGCCCAGGGGCCAGGCAUGGGGUGCUGGCGGCCAGCUCUCCGUCCUGUCUGGGUGGGGCGGCCAGCUGGUCCCAGGCCACCCUGGAAGGCAGCUGGCAGGUGCAGACUGUUCCAGGAGCAGCUCUGCCUCCCUCCCACGUUGGCUUUUACAAAUCUGUUUCUCUGACACAUCUUCCUUCUCCUUCUAGGCCAAAGUGUGUUGCUGAUUCCUGCCCCCAUCCUGGCUGGUGCCCAUGAGCAUGGCGGGCGGGGUGGGGAGCUCGGUGGCAGGGAACAAGCGGUCCGCGGGGACUCGGGGAUGGAAACCCAGGCCCGGCUGCUCCAUCCCCUCUUUCCUAGGAUGCAUAACCUACAUUGUCUGGGUUUGUUUGGGUUUUUGUUUUUUUUUAAUUUUUCCAGGUAGAGUAGUUCUUUGUACAUAAAAAAAAAAUACUUGAAAAAUUAAUUGUAUGAUGUAUGAGAAGACAGAGUCCCUUAGUUUUGUAUCUCGUCGUAUGAUUGCCAUGAGUUCCACCAGAAAGCCACUCUAUUUUGGUCUCUGUGACAUUUUAAAUGCGUGACAAGUGAGCAAAUAAAGUGAGGAAGAGAUAUAUAUAUAUGAGAUAAUAUAGAUUGUAUUGAAAUCUC